UUUGAAAUUUAAUUUAGGGUUUGGAAUUAUUUGUAUGCGGAGUUCCCUUACUGUGUUGGUCGAAUGAAUUGGCAUGUUUACCAUUUGGUUAUCUUUUUCUGGUUGAUCCCCUUUUUGCCCUUUAUUCUUGUCUUGCGUUUGGUAAUUGAAAUUUGGAUAUCUGUUGAUUUUUGUUUUUGAUGUGUUUGGUUAGUGAGAAAAUGGUGGGACAGUAGAAGGAAAACAGGUGUUUGGUCAUUUGGGUGUGUGCAUAUAUUGAAUGAAAGAAAUUUGAGAAGGCGGUCCGCUCUUAAAAGAAUCCAGAUUUUAACAUUCAGUUAACUUAAUAAGCUGAAAAUAAAAUGAAAAAUGAAUCAUACAGGGAAGUUAAAUUGGGGUGAUCACUGUUUGAAUUUGCUUCAGUUGUACUUUCUAUCUAUAGGACAAGGUAAUGGAUGGAUAUCCCAGUUUGCCCAUAUAAACUAUUUGGAGGUAUGUGUCUGUUUCUUAUAUACAUACGCCCUAUCAUUCAUCUAUUUUUUAUUUUUUUUAUUUUUUUAUCAUUAUUCAGGAACCACUUGAGGAGGUUCAUCUGACUUAACAUGAUGGUAAACUCAGCGCUCCACCAAAGGGCAGAAUCCAGCUGUUGAGGCACCAGAUAAUAAAGUUCCUGCAGAAUGCAUUAAUUAUAAUAAUUGAGUUGCUGCAAUAUGUUCAGUAUUGUUACGCUUGAACUCACAGAAUCACUAGCAUGUUUUUUCUUUCUGCUGUACAAAACCACCUGCAAUCGCACAAUGUAGAAAGAAAUUAUUGCGUUUGGUUCUUCUGAUCACAGCAUAGUAAUUGCAAAUCGUACUCAACAAUUGAAGUUAUUUGCCAUUAGCUAAGUUUGCUGCAUGACGGUUGUGAUAACAUCUCAUUUUAUGUACAAACAAACUUAUUUUGUCCCUACAUGCUUCUACAUUCGCUAAGUUUACUUCUCUCUUGCAUUUGCUAGUAGUGUUGGUGCUCAUUAAAGCUUAUGGCAUACACAUCCUGUUCAUUAAAGUUUGUGUUGUCCUCUCUUUAGGAGCACGGUGGUUGAAGUAUAGCACCGACUGCACCACUCCACUCCAUUACCCGCUAUAAUAACAAUUGUAUUCAGGUCUACUCCAAUUGACACUAGGAGGUCUUUCAUCUUUGAAUAAGGUGAAGUAGACCUUCAAUUGAGCUUAAGGAGAUUGGUCCUCGGUUUGAAUUGAGGCUCUUUAAGGAUCAUAACGAAGUUGUUGUUCUGUAUUCUAAGAAAAAAAUUGAGCUGUCAAAAUCAAGGAGAUCCUUUAACACAAUAUCAUCUAAGGACUCAAAGAUUUCUCAUCCAGAUUCAGUCCUGGUUACAUUACGGGAUGUAGAAGAUGAUGAAAAAUUAGACGAAGACGAUGAAGAAGUAGAAACAUCAGAGUCAGCAUCGUACAAAAUCUCAACUUCUUCUUCAUGUUUCAUGCAUCGCUUCAGCGUCUCCAUCACAACCAUCUCUGUUUCCCACAAAUUCUCAACCAUUUGCUCUCUAAACACCGCCCGGUUCAUCAGACCCAAAUCAUAUCACACCUGUCCCGCACUACUAGCAAUGAAUUUCUUGACUUCUUUGAACACCUUCUUCGACAAUGUGCUGGACCUGAACAGUGCAAACAAGUUCAUUCCCAAAUUGUUACCACGGGCACCUGUCAGUCAGCAUUCUUGGCUGCCCGGCUCAUAGCUGUUUAUGCACGUCUUGGCCUCGUGUUGGAUGCAAAGAAAGUUUUUGACACCACCACAGUUGAAGGUACAUCAAAUGUGCUCAUGUGGAAUUCAGUCCUUAGAGCUUAUGUCUCUCUUGGGUUUUAUGUAGAAGCACUCCAACUAUAUGACAAAAUGCGUAAACUGGGGGUUUGGGGAGAUGGGUUUACAUUUCCUUUGGUUAUUAGGGCUUGUGCAUUUAUAUCAAGGCUUAAGUUAUCCAGGAGUGUGCAUGCUCAUGUUAUACGUAUGGGUUUUCAGAAUCAUCUUCAUGUUGUCAACGACUUGUUGGGAAUGUAUGGGAAAAUUGGUCGGAUGGAUUGUGCUCGCUGGUUGUUUAAUAGAAUGGGUGUGAGAAAUUAUGUUUCAUGGAAUACUAUGGUCUCUAGCUAUGCCUUUAAUUAUGACUGCGAUGGUGCUACUGAGAUGUUUAGGAGGAUGAAGUUAGAAGGGUUUGUGCCGAAUCCUGUGACUUGGACGUCAUUAUUGUCAAGUCAUGCUCGUUGUGGCCGCCAUGAAGAGACCUUGGAGUUGUUUGGUAGAAUGAGGGCAGGUAGGAAUGAAACUACAGCUGAAUCGCUUUCUGUGGUGUUAUCUGUAUGUGCUAAUCUGGCUGUGGUUCACAAGGGUAAGAUGAUUCAUGGAUAUGGUAUAAGGGGUGGCUUCCAAGAUUACUUGUUUGUGGAAAAUGCCCUUAUAUGUAUGUACGGAAAGUGUGGUGAUGUAGAAAAUGCUCACGAAUCAUUUUUGGGAAUGAAAAGCAAGAACCUUGUCAGUUGGAAUGCUUUGAUCUCAGCCUAUGCUGAAUGUGGUUUGUGCGAUGAGGCCUUUGCAAUAUUUUCUCGGCUGAAUGAACACCCAUUAAUGAGACCUAAUAUCAUAAGUUGGAGUGCUGUUAUUGGAGGGCUUUCUUCCCAGGGACGAGGAGAGGAGUCUCUAGAACUUUUUCGGCAGAUGCAGAAUGCAGGAAUAAUUGGCAAUUCUGUCACCAUAUCCAGUGUUUUAUCUGUUUGUGCCGAACUACCAGCAUUGAACCUUGGUAGGGAAAUUCAUUGUCAUGUGGUUAGGGCUUUGAUAGAUGGUAGCAUUUUGGUUAGAAAUGGCUUGGUUAACAUGUAUACGAAGUGUGGAAGUUUUAAGGAAGGGCAUCUAGUAUUUGAGAGUAUUGACAGUAAGGACUUGAUAACAUGGAACACUAUGAUUGCUGGAUACGGGAUGCAUGGACUUGGUGAGACUGCUCUAAGAGUUUUUUAUCAGAUGCUCGACUCGGGAUUAAAGCCAGACAAAGUAACAUUUGUUUCUGUUCUUUCCGCUUGCAGCCAUGACGGGCUAGUCACAGAGGGUUGUCGUCUUUAUGAUCAGAUGAUUAGUGUCUACGGUAUAGAACCCCAGAUGGAGCACUAUGCGUGCAUGGUUGAUCUUCUCGGCCGUGCUGGGUUAUUGCAAGAAGGAAGCAAGAUUGUGAAAAACAUGCCAAUGGAACCCAAUGCUUGUGUUUUGGGUGCUCUUCUUAAUUCUUGUAGGAUGCACAAGAAUAGUAAUAUAGCAGAAGAAACUGCGACCAACGUUUUCAGCUUGAACUCUGAAAUGACCGGGAGCUACAUGCUGCUGUCAAAUAUGUAUGCUGCUGCAGGGAGAUGGGAGGAGUCGGCGAAGGUGAGGAUCUCAGCAAAGACAAAGGGUUUGAAGAAGAUCCGAGGCCAGAGUUGGAUUGAGGUGAAGAAUAAGGUUUUUAUGUUCUCGGCAGGGGAGACUAUGCAAGCAGGGUUGGAGUUGAUUCAUGGUAUCCUUCAAGACUUGGCGCUUCAAAUGGAGAGAGAGGGAUUCAACACAACAGGCUACAAAUGAAGAACCUCAAACAAAUGGAGCACCAAAUCCCGUUUUGUCUCUCCUGAAUGGCGUUGGUAUAUUCAGUUCUGGAAAAGCAAAACUCAAUUGAAGUCUUACAGGGAAGGAUUGAUUUUCUCAAUUCAGACAUCAAGGAUAAAGAAAAUAAUGUUCAAAGUCCUGGCUCUUCUCUUGUUGCAAAAGAUAUGGAGUUGAAGGACUUGAAAUCUAUCUACAAUCAAACGAGGGAUGAACUAGCCAAUACACUUUCUGAUAUUAAAAAAUUGAAAGGUGAAGUCCUGAAAAAUCGAAAGGAAUUGGAUUUGAAGAAUUUAUCUGUCGAUGAACUGAAUGCAACAGUUGUUCUUUCAUUUCUAAGAUAGAUGAUUCGAAGAGGAAGUUUGUUGCUAUUCAGGAAGAGUACAAUAAGCUGAAAACAUCCUCCGCUAGAAAGGCAGAUUUGGAUGCUAAGCUUUUGGGAGAAAAGGAAGAGGAACUUCAGCAGCUAAAGGAAAAGCUUGAACUUGCUCUGAAUUAAAACAGUCAAAAACUAUGUGCACGGAGCUUGAAGCUGAGAUCUCUAGAGUUCAGGCGGAGUUUUCUGGGGUCAGGGAAUCGCUGCAGAGGAGCCUUGAUGAGGCUACCUUAAGUGGUGAUGCGGUUGCUGGUGAGCUUGCUGCAGCAAAAGAACUUUUGAAGAAGACAAAUGAGGAGCUGCAAGUUCUGUCCCAUGAAUUAGCAACUGUUGCGACAAACGUGAUAGCCUGCAGGAGGAAUUGGUGGACGUCUAUAAAAAUGCCGAAAGAGCUUCUAAUAAUCUAAAAGAAGAAAAAGAGCUAGUUUCUUCUUUAAAAAAAGAAGUUCAAGCUCUGGAGAAGCAGAUUUCGAAAGAUAAGCAGUCUCGUAAGUCUCUUGAAACAGACCUGGAAGAGGCUACCAAAGCACUGGAUGAGAUGGGCUGAAAUGCGCUGGUACUUUCCAAGAUUUUGAGAGGGCUAAUUCUCUAAUUUCUAGCCUGGAAGAUGAGAAAGAGGUCAUUUGCAAGUCCCUUACAGAGCAAAAGGUUGCGUCCAAAGAGGCCCGAGAAAACAUGGAGGAUAUCCGUAAUCUUGCCAUUAGACUGAGCGAGGAAAGGGAUGGUCUGGAGAAGAGAAGCAAAAAUUGGAAGAGGAAUUGGCAUCUGCCAAGGGUGAAAUAUUGCGGCUAAGAAAUCAAAUAAACAUCGUCCAAAGAUCUUGUAAAUAAUCAGCAACCGCUGGAAAGGGCUGAAGAGCCCGUCACUGUUGCUCCAAGAAAAGGUGGUAGGAGUAAAAAGGCUGCCGAGUAAAGGUAGUGAAGUACUUUAAUUGUGGUAAUCUUCUUUUCCUGAUUAUUUUGAGUCUUCCUACCAUCGUGCUAUGAAACCAGUUGUUUUUUGGCUCUCUUGUUCUUGGACUUCAAAAUUUUUCCCUUAUAUGAAUGUAUUUUACAAGUAGGAUGCUGAGGGAGUAGUGAAAACUGAUUUGUAUGUAACACAGAUAUGAUCCCUUUUACACACAUGUUCAGUGUAUAGUAUCGAUUCUGGAGUUUAGCGGAUUUAUAGAAGAUUCAAUAUCCAA